AUAAAACUGCAUGACCAACGAGCAGCUGUCGUCUACUAAACAGAAGGGUCACAUUCAGGUGUGACUAUGGGGAAGUCUUUUUCCCACCUCACUAAGCUAACAGGCCAAGGUGAGGGUCAGGACAGCCUGACCUCUCCUCUGGAGGACACACAAACUGAGGACGGGAAGGGUGGUGACGUCUCCCAGUUUCCCUAUGUGGAGUUCACAGGACGGGACAGUGUGACUUGUCCGACAUGCCAGGGCACCGGGAGGAUUCCCCGAGGACAAGAAAACCAACUUGUGGCAUUGAUUCCGUACAGUGACCAAAGGCUGCGGCCCAGGAGGACGAAGUUGUAUGUUUCAGCAUCUGUGGUGGUCUGCCUGCUACUGUCCAGUCUGGCUGUGUUCUUCCUCUUCCCGCGCUCCAUUGAUGUGUCCUACGUUGGGGUGAAGUCCGUUUUUGUCAGCUACGACCAAGACAAGCGCAGCGUCUAUCUCAACAUCACGAACACUCUCAAUAUCACCAACAACAACUACUACUCCGUGGAGGUGGCCAAUAUCACAGCUCAGGUGCAGUUUGCCAAGACGGUGAUUGGUAAAUCUCGCAUCAGUAACACCACUGCCAUCAGUCCUCUGGACAUGAAACAGAUAGAUUAUAUGGUCCCCACCAUCCUCGCAGAUGAGAUGAACUACAUGUAUGACUACUGCACUCUGCAAACCAUCAAGGUCCACAACAUUGUCCUCAUGAUGCAAGUGACCGUCACCACGACAUACUUUGGUCAUGCGGAGCAGGUGUCUCAGGAGAUGUACCAGUACGUGGACUGUGGAGGAAACACCACCUCUAUCAGAGGGACCAAGACGUUCAGCAUCCCACAUCCCGCUGAGUAACCCCUCCACUGUCCUCCUCACCGGCCCCACAUCGGGGUCUGUGUUUUCCCUUCUCCUCCACCUGCGCUCUCUAACAAACUGCUGUUGUCACAAAACCACAAUGUUUCCUAGAAAAAAAUUCACGUAAAAUAAGAAAAUUAUGUUGGGGGAGCACUUUGCAAUCACGUAGUUGAAUGUUUUGAGCUGUUUGCUUGAUCAGCUGCAGCAAUGACAAUUCAGUUCACCUCCCUUGUUUUCUUCUUGAGCUGCAAGUGAGUAUGUUGACAGCUUCUUGAGGUGAUGCUGAUCAGCAAUUUUAUUUUCCACCACUCUCUGGACACAUAGAGCAUAGUUACCGUCACAUUUUAGGCCUCAAGGUAACAGAGCAUCAGUGAAUUGUCUCAUUUUGUCAAGAUAGUAAAUGAUGUUUUUGUGUUGCUCAAACGUCUUUCUCUACAGUCUUAUUCCACUGUCACUGCUUUAAUACUUGGUUACUUCCUGAGGUGGGGCUGGGUAUUUCCAAUCCCUAGUUUGAAGAGUAUAAAUGUUUCUAUGUUUUGUCUAGCAAAAUAUGCCAAACUAUAAAGUGUAUCAGUGUUUGAAAUGACCAACUUAAAUGCAGGACAGUUUUCAAUAAGCAAUUCUAUGGACGUAUUUCAGACAGAAGUCCAAAAAUCUUGAAGUUUCAUACGUGGAUGAAGUGGUCUGUAAUAUUAAGUUUGGGCUUACUACUGAUCAUUUCAAUGAUCAUCUUAAAAAACCUAUUAUAAGCUUGGUAUCUUUACACUGAAGUGGUCACAGAGAAAAUGAGUUUUAAGCAUUUCCUGCUUCACAGAAUGAAAGUAUCAUUGAUAUGAUUCAGUAUGGGAUUAGAUUUCUUUCCAACAACACUGAAGUGGCAUCAUAAUUUCAAUUAUUGUGACAUCACUGUAGUUUUUAGAUUCCACUCUUGUGUUUGUUAUAAACCGUGAUCUAUGAUUUCUGAUUUUCCAGUUGUGUUAAAAGCAACAAAAGAACUUGAUAGAGAUACCUACCAAACUUUAUAAGUUGAUUUAAAAUGCAUUUAAACUGCAGUUUAAAGUUCUCUAAAGCGUGUUCCUCCACCACAGUGUGUUAGGCUCUAUGGAGAAGGACCUACAGAAGGUGGUGUCGUUGCAUGCUUAAGAGUAUUCAGACACUGCUGUGUGUGAUUCUGAGAUAAGCUCGUGUUGUUCAUAAUGUUUCUCUCUGGCUGCACUGUCCGCUAUGAAUUGUACAAUCUGCUGUUUUACGCACAGGUACAUUAAUUAUAUUGCUGUUUUUUUUGUCUCCAACUUUCUAAUGAAAUGAAGACACUCCUCGUAGGCUGCAGUCAGACCUCUGCGUGUUCCUGUGAUCUAGUUUGUCUAGCUUGUCUGGCUUGAGACAUUUUGGGAAAUAUGCUUUCUUACCUUUUUACCAAUAGUCAGAUGAGAAUUUUGAAUCUAAUAUUUGCUAUUUGAAGAUUUAAGGCCCCCCCACACCAGCAUUUAGAAACAAAGCCAUUUCAUUUCAACAGAAUGCCCGCAGUGUUUGAAUUUGCUUGUGGGAGUAAAGUAAAUCUUUGUACGUCUUUCACAAGUCAACUUUGAUGAACGUUAACAUUUGCUUUUGCACUCCUAAACAGCAAACUUACCUUAACAAGGCUGAUCUUUAAUUUAAUGGUGAGCUGGGAAGUCAUCAUAGCCUGUUAGCUGUGUGGCGCCACAUGCUCCAUAUAAUGCUAGUGAAGUAAAAACUGCUCAACAAAAGAGGCAUGGUUUGUAGACAGUUCUGAGACUCGUUUAUUAUCGUGACCGAGCUAUUAAUUAGACACGGCUCGGCUGGUUAGCACCCGGUUAGCUCACUAUGCCUCCAGCACCACCUGUUCCAGAUUCCAUUGUGUCGCUUUCUGGUGUGACCAGGCCAGAACUCCCCUUUAGACAAAGGAAGAAAAAGUAUACGAUGCUGCACAGAGUGUGCAAAGAGUGUGAGUGCACUAGUUCUUGGCAGUACAAGCAAAAUUAUUUGACAGAUAGUCUUAAAUUAGCUCUCGAUUUUUCACUUAAGAGGAACACUAGGCUAGCAGUUCCCCCAUAUGUCCAGUGUUUGCGCUAAGCUAGAAAGAAACAUGUCCUCAGCCCAUCUCUGUACUGGCCACACAGAGAUGAAACAGAAAAAGUCUUCUUGUCUUUAUCUGAGUACAGUGGUGAACAAGCGCAUUUCCUUAAAUGUUGGACUGCUGUAGGACUGCAUCUAACACUGAUUUUAUUUAUUGAUUAAUCUGUCUAUCCAAAUUCUUGGGCAUUCCUUUUUCGAAAACAACUGGUCAAUUCCUAUCACCGUUUAGGUUUUCAAUAUGUUUUAAGCUGUUCUACAUUGGAAAUCAAAUUUCCGAGUAUUGAUUCUAUUUCACACGUCAGAAGCAAUGCAGACAUGUGGACAGAUCAUCGACCACUGAAGCCUUUAGGUUGAUUAAUCAUGAAGGGCUUUUUUUUUUGUUAU